CCCUGGGCCUCGGUGGGGAGAGCGAGCGGGCCCGGGGCGCCGCGCUGUGUGAAAGCGGGACCUUCCGUGGCAGCGGAUUUAGGGGACGGGCGAGCUUGGGAACGGCGGCUCAGCUUAGCACGUGGAGAAGGGGCAGGUUGGAGGGUGGACCUGGAAGUGGGGAGACAGGCCGGCUCUCGCGGGUGCGGAGUCCCUUUGCCCCCUGACCCCGAGUGAAGGAGAGGGGGCUGCGGGAGGAUGUCUGGUCGCUAAAGCCCGACGUCUGACACGUGUGUCUUUUCGUUGAGGUGAAUCUGAUUAAUGAGCCCUUGGUGAUAUUUGUUUGUGCAACUACAGGCCAAGGAGAUCCCCCUGACAACAUGAAGAACUUCUGGAGGUUCAUAUUCCGGAAGAACCUACCGUCGACCUCCCUCUGUCAGAUGGACUUUGCUGUCCUGGGCCUCGGGGAUUCCUCUUACGCCAAGGCCUGGUUCGGGGCCAGCCUCGCACUCUCUGCACAGGUUCAAUUUUGUGGCCAAGAAGCUACACCGACGGCUGCUGCAGCUCGGGGGCAGUGCCCUGCUGCCCAUGUGCCUGGGCGAUGACCAGCAUGAGCUGGGGCCCGAUGCCGCCAUUGACCCCUGGCUGCACGACCUGUGGAAGAAGGUGCUGGACCUGCACCCAGUGCCCCUCGACCUGGGCAUCAUCCCCACUGGCAUUCCUUUGCCCUCCAAGUUCACCUUGCAGUUUCUGGAGGAGGCCCCCGUCACACACUCUGAGGAGCAGCAUGUGGCCAGGACGGACCCCCAGGAUUCCCCUUCAGAGCUGCACCCUUUCCUCGCACCCAUGGUCUCCAACCAGAGGGUCACCGGCCCCUUGCACUUCCAGGAUGUUCGCCUGAUCGAGUUCGACAUCACAGGCUCUGGGCUCAGCUUUACAGCUGGCGAUGUGGUGCUGAUCCAGCCCAAGAACAUAGCCCCCCACGUCCAGCAGUUCUGCCAGCUGCUGGGCCUGGACCCCGACCAGUGCUUCACACUGCAGCCGCGGGAGCCAGGUGUCCCCUGCCCCGUGCAGCUGCCCCAGCCCUGCUCUGUGCGGCGCCUCGUGUCCCAGUACCUGGACAUCACCAGCGUGCCGCGCCGCUCCUUCUUUGAGCUGCUGGCCUGUCUCUCCCCCCACAAGCUGGAGCGAGAGAAGCUGCUGGAGUUCAGCUCUGCCCAAGGCCAGGAGGAGCUGUGCGAGUACUGCAGCCGGCCCCGCAGGACAGUCCUGGAGGUUUUGUGCGACUUCCCACACACGGCUGGAGCCAUCCCCCCAGACUACCUGUUGGACCUCGUCCCCCUGAUCCGGCCACGGGCCUUCUCCAUUGCCUCCUCCCUGCUGGCUCACCCCUCGAGGCUGCAGAUCCUCGUGGCUGUGGUGCAGUACCAGACACGCCUCAAGGAGCCCCGCCGGGGCCUCUGCUCCUCCUGGCUGGCGUCCCUGGACCCUGAACAAGGACCUGUCCGGGUGCCCCUGUGGGUGCGGCCUGGGAGCCUGACCUUCCCAGAGACACCAGACACACCUGUGAUCAUGGUGGGGCCUGGCACUGGUGUGGCCCCCUUCCGAGCGACUGUCCAGGAGCGUGUGGCCCAGGGUCAGACCAGAAACUUCUUGUUCUUCGGCUGCCGCCAGCGGGACCAGGACUUCUACUGGGAGCCCGAGUGGAAGGAGCUGGAGAAGAGGGGCUGCCUGACCCUGGUCACAGCCUUCUCCCGGGAGCAGGAGCAGAAGGUAUACGUGCAGCACCGGCUCCGGGAACUCGGGCCGCUGGUGUGGGAGCUGCUGGACCACCAGGGCGCCUACUUCUACCUCGCAGGGAGGAGGGCGGGCUCUCCAGCCCUGACGCCGCUGCCUACCUUGCCAGGCUGCAGCGGACACUGCGUUUCCAGACUGAAACGUGGGCCUGAGAAGCCAUCCUGCUGGGGCGCUCAUUGUCUCCUCCCGCCCUAUGUGAUCCCAGGCGGGGGAUGGCCAGUCCUCCUGCACAGCCGCACUCCAGUCCACCCAGGGUCCCACACUCAGCCUGGACCCCCGCUGCCCUACUACCACCCCACCCCACCCCACUCUACCCAGCUUUGAAUCCACCCGCCUUGUCCAGGGUUCCAGGUUACUACUGGCCUGUCCCCACUGGCUCCAACUUGGGUCCUGGUCAGAGUGCUGCCCUGGGUUGCACAGGACCCAAGAAGCUACUGGCAGCCUGAUGGGCAUCAGGGGACCUCCCCAGAUGCCAGCUUUCAGAAAGCCUAGGAAUCUGGGGUGCAGGGUCCCUGGGAAGGCCAAAUGCCCCCUCCUCUGCCCUGGGGGACAGUGGGUUACCAGUCACCUUUUGCUACAUCUCCAUGCCGUACCACGAAGUGCUCAGUGCCAUCUUGGGCUUCACAGGGCUCAGGCUUGGGCUUGAAGACAGCAAGGACCCCGAGCAGCGGGAGGAGGCCCACCCAGCACACAUGUUCUUUGUCUGGUUCUGGGAAAGCCUCAGCAAUAAAUUGUGGGCUCUGA